CCCCCCCCCCCCCCCCCCGAAAAUGGCACGGCUGGCCGAUUACUUUGUAAUUGUGGGAUACGAUCACGAGAAAGAACGAACCGGUAUAAGAAAUGGCAAGAUCAUUCAGCGCUUCCCAGAGAAAGACUGGCCGGAUACACCGUUUAUCGCUGGCAUCGAAUGGUUCUGUCAACCGCAAGGCUGGUCACUAUCCACGGUUCGCCAGGAACCACAAUUCUUCGUAUCGGUCCUGACGGAUAUCGACGCUAAUCGGCACUACUGCGCGUGUCUAUGCUUCAACGAGACAAUCGCCAUCACGCCCAGUAAACCCAUCGACGAGGAGGAAGAGGACGAUAACCUUUCCGCAGCCAGUCGGGCUUUGCUGGCGAACAGCAGUGGCCCUCCGUCAAUCACCCACCACAGUAUCAUGUACGCACCAAAAUGUUUGGUGAUCGUGUCCCGAUUGGAUUACAUUGAAACCUUUCGGAACUGCCUGGGUACGAUAUACACAGUGUACCUGGAGAGCUUGAAAUUUCACCUGCACCAUCUGAUCGGGAGUAUAUUGGGUUGUAUUCAGGUACCACCACCGGGUGGACCACAGGUUCGCUUUUCAAUCGGUGCAGGUGAUAAACAGCUCCUGCAGCCACCCCUGUCACACACACUUCCGGUAACGGGGUCCUGCGUUAGUUUGCUGUUCCAGCAGCUGGGCACGAAAAACGUGAUGCUUCUGUUCUGCGCUGUGAUGACUGAGCACAAAAUUCUCUUCCACUCGACCAGCUACUCUCGCCUAACGGACAGCUGCCGAGCGUUGACGGCCCUGAUGUAUCCAUUCCGCUACAGUCACGUGUACAUUCCGAUCCUACCGGCGUCGCUGGUAGAAGUAUUAUCUACACCGACACCGUUCAUCAUGGGUAUUCACAGUGCGAUGCAGUCGGAGGUGACCGAAGUGCUCGACGUGAUCAUUGCCGAUCUGGACGGAGGUUCGAUUCAUAUUCCAGAAUCGCUGGUACCACCGGUAGCUAAACUUCCCCGUGCACUGUGGGAAGCGACUGAAAAUGCGCUGCGGUUGGUACUGCAUCCGGAGUUGGCGCUGGCGGAUUUGGCAUUUCCGCCGAAUAACAACAACAACAAUAACGGAGCGUACGGGUUUCGGGAGCAGAAAACUGACGGCAUGUUGGAUAAGGAAAUUCGGGCUGUGUUUAUGCGAUUGUUUGCACAGUUGUUGCAGGGCUAUCGGUCGUGUUUGACACUGAUCAGGAUCAAUCCGAAGCCGAUUAUUCAGUUUCAUCGGGCGGGGUUUCUGGGUGCACGAGAUCUGGUGGAUUGUGAUUUUUUGUCGCGUGUUUUGGAUAGCAUGUUUUUUACGGGUUUCGUGACAGAGAGAGGUCCUCCGUGGAGGCCGUGUGAUGCGUGGGAUGAACUGUACAGUUCGAUGAAUGAUUUGCUCAAGCAGGAAGCUCAAGAUCCAAAUCUUAUAUUGGUGCACAUUCAGGAGUUAGCCAAGCAGUUGUUUAUUAAUGAGAAUCCUAACCCGCAGCCGUAUCAGCAGAAGAUUCUACGACCACCGGAAGGAGCGUUUGCUAGGAUACAUCAACCAUCGAUGCCGUUAAUCGAUUCUCAGGAGGUUCAGAAUGUGAUCAAUGAUGGUUUAGCGGCAAACGAUCUCCAGGCAAGGUUACAAACGAUUCGGCCAACACCGCGGAUAGUUCCGAUGGGUCCGUAUCUUAAGCCGGUGCCAGAGCUACGACCGAUCGUGAAUAAUAGUGCAAGGAAGUUGGAGGUUCUGAAAACUUGCAUAAGUUGUAUAUUCGAGAAUAAGAUCACCGAAGCCAGGAAGAGUUUUCCUGCUGUACUUCGAAUAUUGAAGCAACGGGAUGCGAGGUUGACUAUGUGCAGAGAAUUAGCCAAGAUAGCUCACGGGAAUAAACAGCUGGAUCAUCAGCAGUUUGAUCUGGUAGUUAAACUAAUGAACCGAGCACUGCAGGACGAUUCCUCUAAGGAUGAAUACGGUGUGGCGGCAGCGCUACUACCUCUUUCGACUACCUUCUGCCGAAAAUUGUGCACCGGUGUGAUACAGUUUGCUUACACUUGCAUACAGGAUCAUCCGGUUUGGAAGAACCAACAGUUUUGGGAGGACGCCUUCUACCACGAUGUUCAAAACUUUAUCAAAGAACUGUACCUUCCCCGGAACAAUCCCGACAAACCGUACAGCAGUUGGUCUACGGACAAUGGUUUGACUCAUUCUGCCUCCCGUGAUAAAAUGGACCGAGCGACAUUGCUUUCGCGAGUUCAGGAACCUUCGGCACUGGAGAUCGCUGCCGAUCAGAUGCGGAUAUGGCCAUCGGUAGACGCCGAAAAGCAAUUGGAGCUUAUCAGCUCCGAGGAGAAGACUUUGUACAGUCAAGCGAUCCACUACGCAAACCGGAUGGUGUUUCUAUUGAUUCCGCAGGACGUGAACACCGGAGGGAAGGUUCAGAAAAUUGAUUCCCAUGCGGAUGACGAUGCCAGCGUUUCGAAUAGUGUGAUCGAGUCGCACAGUCACAGCGAUCAUAGUGAUGAAGGUUUCGAGGAUAACGAUCCAGGGGAGGUGGGAACACAGGUGGCUAAAAUGGUGUGUAAAUUUAUCGAUCGAGUGUGCAAUGAGGGUAACGUUACCGCCGAACAUCUGAGAAACCUCCACCAGAUGGUUCCGGGCGUGAUUCAGAUGCACAUUGAAACGCUGGAAGCGGUAAAUCGGGAAGCGAAACGAAUUCCUCCCAUUCAGAAACCCAAGCUGCAGUAUCCUUCGUUGCUGCUGGGGGAGGAAAUUAUUGGCGAACCUAUGCGAGUCUAUCUGCUGGCCGAUGGUCGCGAAGAGAAGGAAGUGGGCAAUUCAAAUCUGUUACCGGCCGAAGGUGCCCUGUUCUUGACCAACUACCGCAUCGUGUUCAAGGGAUGGCCCUGCGAUCCGUACUGCUGUGAGCAGAGUAUCGUUCGAGCCUUCCCGAUAUCAUCGCUAACCAAAGAGAAACGUCUGACGGUGAUCUACCUGCAACAUCUGGAGCAGGUGCUUCAGGAGGGUAUGCAGCUACGUUCUUGUACAUUCCAACUGAUCAAGGUUGCCUUCGACGAGGAAGUGGUUCAGGAAUCGAUCGAAGCUUUUCGCAAGACUGUACACAGGGUUCGCCAUCCGGAGGAUGAGUUUGGUCAUUUUGCUUUCGCUACGACCCACGGAAUGGCAAACCCUACGCCGCUGCAUAAAGUGAAAGAAAAAAAUGCUACCUUGAAAGAUUUUGCCAAGAAGACGCUACUGCGAACGGCAAAGAAGGCCGGAUUUAAGCAGAAAGGAGCAACUAAGCGGAAAUAUAUUCUGCCAGGGGCAGAUUUCGAGGAGACGUAUGGAAGCAGUGCGACAGGGAUCAACGAGAAUCCAGAGGAUGAAGAUGGUUCCGACGACGGAGCCGAUACGAUGCCUCGAAUUACGGUCAAAGACGUGGAGAGGCUCAAGGAACGAAGCUAUGUGAAAGAUUGGUUCAGGGUAGGGUUAGGUGAUGUACAAACCGGAUACCGGAUAAGCUCGAUCAACUGUAAUUAUAGUUUAUGUAGAACAUAUCCAGCCAUGUUGGUGUGCCCUAAGGACGUCAGUGACGAUGCUCUGCGGAAUCUUUCCCGAUGCUACAAACACCAUCGGAUACCUACGGCCACUUGGAGGCAUAAAAAUGGAGCUACUCUGCUGCGAGGUGCUAUCCCCCUGGCAAAAGGAGUGAUGGGAAUGCUCAAAGGACAUCCAGGAUCGUCGAACACUUCGGCUGACUCUGCCAGCUUUCAAGAGCAAGAUCGCUACUUUGUAUCUGUCAUCAAAACCACACCUCACACUCGCCCGAUUCGACACACUUGGGGUUUGUCCGAUUCGAACAUUUCUCUGGAUUCGCUGACGCUGGCGGCCAACAAUUUGAUGACCCGAUCCGAUAUGUCAACGCUCACCCCCGAUAUCAGCCGCAAGAACAACGUCGGACUAUACUCGAUGAACAAUUCUUCCUUCUCCAGCUUUGGAGCCCUUCGCUCGAAUGCUAAAAACAACAAGUGGGGCUCCCUCAAACCCAGCGGUACCAAUAGUACCGCCGCCCUUCGGGACGUCCGUGACCACUGGGAUCAGUCAUCGCAGCAAUACACUUUUCAACGUGUGCCAUUAUACUUCCUCGGCGAAAAGUCGCAGUCUAAGUCAGCGAAGCUGUCGGAAAUGUACGCUGAGUUCAUCCCCGUAGACUACACGGACGUCCGACAUUCGCGAACCGCUUUCAAAAAGCUAAUGCGAUCAUGUUUACCAUCCUGUGUGAACACUGAACCGGAUCAAACCUUCUCCCGCCUAGUGGAAGGAUCCGAGUGGCUUCAGCAGAUCCGUGGUCUGCUGCAACUAUCCGGUGCCGUCGUUGAUCUGAUGGACCUUCAGGAAUCUAGCGUCACGCUAGCCCUCGAAGACGGUUGGGACGUGACAGCUCAAAUAUCAUCCCUCGCUCAGCUUUGUCUCGAUCCGUACUACAGAACCAUUGCCGGAUUCCGUGUUCUCAUCGAGAAGGAAUGGCUCGCAUUUGGUCACCGAUUCGGACACCGCAGCAAUCUCAAACCGAACAGCAGCUCCGGUUCCCCAUUUGCUCCGACAUUCCUACAGUUCCUGGACGCAGUUCACCAAAUACAAUCUCAGUUUCCGCUUGCCUUCGAAUUCAACGAGUUCUAUCUUCGCUUUCUGGCAUACCACCAUGUAAGCUGUCGCUUCCGAACGUUUCUGUUUGAUUGUGAGCUGGAACGCGUAGACUUUGGCAUUACGGCCAUUGAUGACAAGCGCGGUUCACUCAAUUCGCACCACAAACACGUAGUGGAAACGUUGACCGUUUCCGACGACGAUAACAUCUAUCCUGGAGGGGUUGGAGGAGGUGGCGGUCGGGGUAACCAUGCGUCUAACACGCAAAAGUUCGGUCCUUCGUUGUUCGAUUACAUCGAACGGCAGCACGCAAAGAAUCCCAUCUUCUACAAUUUCAUGUUCACGCCUGAUCCGGACCGACAGGUGCUACGGCCGCAGAGUUCCAUUUCCGUGCUGGAAGUGUGGUCAUACUAUCUGGACGAAGAGUUAGCGCAAGGUCCACCAUACGAUCCGGAGCUAGUCAGCAGUGAUAGUUUGGAAGAGGACAGCGAUUACGUUAGCAGUGGAAGUUCGACCGUGCGGCAUCCAAAGCGCAAAGUAGUUUCCGUUGGCUAUGACAGCCUGAACAAGUAUGAUGCUGAUGCGUUUUCUAGGCUUCUUGAAGAGUUAAAGAAUGCCGAAGCCGAACGGGGGUUGCUGCCGCAAAAGUGGCGGCAGGUGUGGGAUAAACUAGAACUGCCGCAUUCCGACUCGCUUACUAGACAUGCAUCGUUUAGCAGUGCUCUGGUUAGGUCGCAUGGCCGAUUACUGCAUAAAAGAUCUACUCUGGAAAUUAUUAUGCGUGGCCGUCAGGUUGGUUAUCAUCAGGAGAAUUUCCUUCAUCCACAUCGUUUCGAGAAGCAUGCCUACUCGGCUCCGAUCAACUGCAAUCACUGCGGGAAUGUCCUCUGGGGUCCUCUGCUGAAUGGUCUACGAUGCGUCGAUUGCGGCAAUACCUACCACGAAAAGUGUGCCGAGUCGGUGCCGAAGAACUGCACCAAAUAUAAGGCCGUCGAAGGAAAUCAACAAACGUUGGCUCGGAAUCAGGGUGACAACAGUAGCGUUACGUCCAGUGUGAACACAACCAAUACCACCAGUCAGCAUUACUACGAUCAGUUUAGCAGUAAUGUGGCGGACGAUAGGACCCAUGAAGGAUAUUUGUACAAACGAGGUGCGAUACUGAAGAACUGGAAGCAGCGGUGGUUCGUGCUGGACUCGCACAAACAUCAGCUGAGGUACUACGAUGCAAUGGAGGAUUGCAACUGUAAGGGAUUUAUCGAUUUGGCCGAAGUGCAAUCCGUGGCUCAAGCACCUACUCAAGCGGCACCGGUGCCCUCAAAGAAGAUUGACGAAAAGGCGUUCUUUGAUCUAAAAACUAGCCGUAGAACGUACAACUUCUACGCCGUCGACGCUUCCAGCGCUCAAGAAUGGAUCGAGAAGAUACAAGCUUGCCUGCAGUAAACGAAACACGAACUGCUCCUGAAAACUUUGAAUUUCCCAACGGAUUUCGAUCGACACAUACUCAUUGAUAGUACAUGUAUAGAGUAGCCACAUAUACAUACAUACAUACUUAGCCACAUUCGAGAUAACAAUGCACUUUCAAUUUUCGAAAUAGGUAUGCGCGCGCGAGACUAGCUAGAUGAACCAGUGAAAGUGUGUACGCUUCAUAUCAGUGCACGUGAAGAGAUGGAUUUAAGUUAGGAUAAUUGAAUGACUACUCACUCACUAUGAUUCGAGCUGUUCGAAUUUAGCAAAAAGAGUUCGGGAUGCGAUUAGCAAAAAAAAGAUGGAAAUCAAACGUGAGAAAAUGCAAGUAUUUAUCUGUGUACGUGUCACUAUUGUUACGCAACUGUUCUUUUCAUUUAUAACAGUAAAAUAAUGUUACACAUUUACGUGAUAGUUUUAAGGGCGACGAAAGAUGUGUCAUAAAAGGGACAUUCUCGAAUAGGUCAAACAGUUUAAUGGCAAAACCCCUUCCCCUCUCUCAGUGGAAAGAUUUAUACCAAAUGAUUUUGUUUCGUACUUCUGCAUUUUCUUUUAUAUUAUACUGUUGCGUUGUGCAUUUAUUUCCGUUCCAGGUGAGGUUACAUUCUUUUAGAAAGAACUCGUCAUUCUUCACUACCAAUUCAAUUGCUUACAAAUAUUUUUUUACGUUCGAUUUUCAUCAGUGCUUCUACCUUCAUUGUAUUAUAUGUGAACUUUUGAUCGUUUUACUCUCUACUUGUUUUAAGUGUUGAAACCGUUUCAUGUUCUAUUAGAGGAUAGGGUUAAGAGAAAGAGCUCAACUAUAAUUAUAUAAAUAUGGGGCAUGCACUCAAAGAACGGGGCGCACUCUCAGCUUCCAAGAAUAUCAAUUAAAUAAAGGUCUAAUCAUCAGUGUUUCGGAACUUCGACCGAACGUUUAAUGCAACUUGUUUUGAUUUCCUUUUGUUCGACUUCCAACCAACAAUCCGCCAUGUGAUAAACCGCUUUAUAUUUUACAA